CAGUCAGUUCUCGGGGGAGCAGGGUGCGAGCAGGGUGCGCGCAGGGAGCAGCGAGCAGCGAGCAGGGAGCAGGGCAGGGUGGGCCGCGCCGCGCAACCGGGUCGUUCCGCGCCGCAGCCGCGAGUUGGGCCGCGUUGGGCCGCGACGUGUUAACCUGCGGUGUAUUUGCGUCACCGUGUUCUACAGUGCCGUGCAGCAGAAAGUGAAGAGAGGACGCCCCCGAAUCGGAUAGAGCUUCGUGAACAUUAUCCCCUAGUAGAUGCGUGUAUUUAGAGAAACGGAUCGGACCCGCCGUUGAGUUUGUUUUUAACGGCCACCCCUCCAGCAUCCGCACCGAGCCGCCCUGGCGUCGCUCAUGACCCGCCUGGGACUCACCGACCUCGCCGUCAAACUGGAGGCCAUGGACUCCGACCAAUCCGACAUGGAGGACAGCUUCCUGGACAUGGAGCAGGUGGACGUGGACGAGCUGGCCAUGGCGCUGGAUGGCGGCCAGGAGAGCUGCAUGAGCGCCAUGAGCGGCGGCAGCUCCGUCAACGACCACGACGAGGACUCGUCCCCCGCGUCCAAGCCGGGCCGGCCGAGGCGCGCCGGCACCAGGACACGGCGCACGCGGGCCAAGAGCCCCACGCAGGUCGCGCGGCUGAAGCGCUGCCGCCGCAUGAAGGCCAACGACCGCGAGCGCAACCGCAUGCACCUGCUGAACGAGGCCCUGGACCGCCUCCGCUGCGUGCUGCCCACCUUCCCGGAGGACACCAAGCUCACCAAGAUCGAGACGCUGCGCUUCGCGCAUAACUACAUCUGGGCCAUGUCGCAGACCGUGCAGUCAGUGCGCGAGGGCCGCGCCUCCACGCCGGUCACCAUCAGCGUCGGCAGCGUCACCGUCACCGUGGGCGGCGACCAGGGCAACAUGAUCACCUCGACGACGGGCAGCUGCGCCAUCGCGCAGCAGCGCCGCUCGGGCCACCAGUUCCUGCCGUACAGCCCGCUGGGCGCGGCGGGCUGGGACAACGCGCCGCACGACCUGCUCGCCGGCAUGGAGGCCUCACCGGGACACAACCCGUUCGCGAUGGACGCGACGCAGCAGUACAGCAGCCCGCUCAAGGCGGACGGGGUUUUGACGCCCCACUACGGCAGCCCCCUCAAGGCGGACGGCAUCACGACGCCCCACUACGGCACCCCCGUCAAGGCGGACGGCGCCUCGACGCCCCACUACGGCAGCCCACUCAAGGCGGACGUCGGUUCGACGCCCCACUACGGCAGCCCCCUGAAAGCAGACCGCGCCUCGGCACCCCAGUACGGCAGCCCCCACAAGCCCGAGGAGGCCUCGCGCACGCCCCACUACGGCAGCCCCCACACGCCCGAGGAGGCACCGCGGACACCGCUGUACGGGAGCCCCUGCAAGAUGGAGGCCGCCACGCACGGCGCCGUCACGCCCCAGUACAGCGGCAGCAGCGGCAGCCCCUGCAAGUCGGAGCAGGGUGGGUCCACGCCCGGGUCGCAGUCCCACUACACGAGUCUCAGCCCGUGCAAGCUGCCGGCCACCCCGCUCUGCACACCACCCCCGACGCCGCAGCACUCCUCGUACAGCCCCGACAGCGUGGACAGCGCCGCCAGCCUCAUGUUCGGCGAGCUAGAGGACUCGUACCUCCAGUACGGCGCGCAGGGCUUCCACCAGCACGGAGGCCUCCACGACGUGCACGGCCACGGCCACGGCCUCGGGCUGCAGCACAGGUUCAACAGCCACCCCACGAUGCUGUUCAACAGGGGCGGCAUGCAGCGCACGGCCGUGCUGCGGUGACGCGAUCGUCUCGAUGAACCCCCGAGUUUACCAAGUUUUGCGAGGCGGUGCUCAGCGAGACUGCGAGCUGACAGAGUGAGAAAUUAGUGAAUGUUCGUCGCUAUUAACUUAUGGGUCACCAACCACUAUGUCUACGAAACAGAAUUCUUUCAGAUGUUUUUCUGAAUUUUCUCCGAGAUGAACUGAAAGGAAUAUACUAUUCGUUUAUAAUUUAUGAAAUCAUGAAUCAGACAGGAGGCUUUGUUUCAAGUGGUAGCACACUUUACAGAAGAAUGCUAAAAGUGGGUGAGAUUGAAAUUUCACUGAAGUGAACAUAUUCUUUAAUAUAAUUUUAAAGUUAAACUUUUAGUUUGUGUUUAGCUGAGCAUUAUUAGUGCUUGUUUAAAUGUGAUAUAACUUAACCAUCACGUCGCAUAUACCUUCUUUUUUAUCGAUGUUUCUUACCGAUCAUAUGGGAUUGUGACAGACGUUUACGGAAUGCCGUCCAAAGCAUCAUUCGUUGGUUGUCUUGAAAAGAAAAUGUAUUUUUUGGGACCAUGUUCUCCUUAUAAAUAUUUUGUGAAAGUGAUUUACAAUUGACAUUGUUCGUACAUACCUUGUAAUAAAAUGUACCUCCAGCGGCCAGGAACUUAAGAAGAAAGUGUAAUGUAAGUACGGCAUUUGCAUUUUUAUCUAGUCAUAUUGAUGAGUGUGUUUUGUUUUUCUUAAUAUAAAGGGUAAAGUAAUAUUUUUGAAACGAUGUUAAUAUUCUUGUUACAAUAAAAUCUCUUGC